UGUGUUACAAGGCUUAUCAUUCACUUUGCAAUCAGACUUGGGACUUUGUGCUCCUGAAUCGAUCGGUUACUGUCCAUUCCUUUGCAUCUGGACCCCUAGGGUCUCAUGAUCUAAUCCCACACAUCUCCAGUGAGGACCGUGGCCUCUCUAGUCUCAUCCAGUCUCACGGCGCUGAGCUUCAAUGCUCUCGCUGUGACCCUUCAACUGCCAGUCUUGUUCUCCUUCCAUCAGUCCACAUUCAGCUUCUUCACCUUGCCAUGGACAUCGGAGGCCUGACUACGGUGGUGGCCAACUCGGCGUACAUCUCGGCCCGUGGCAGUUUCGAUGGCACAGCCAACCCAGCAGCCAACCGAGACAAGAAGUACCACGCCAAACUCAAGCUUCCCCACAUCACUGUGUGUGAAGAUCUGAGGGAAACCCUGGAUCUGCAAUUUAAGAGCAUUUGUGUGGAGCAGCCCAUCGGCAAACGGCUGUUUCAAGAGUACCUGGAAAUCACCAAUGAGUACAAGGGACCAUGUCGCCUCUGGAAGGACAUUGAGGCAUACGACACCGCCGAGGAUAAGGAUCGAGCUCAGAAAGCCGCCAAAAUCCUCCAGCGUUACAUGGAGCCUUCUGCCAAGCUCUUCUGCCCGUUUUUACCCGAAAAUGACAUCACCAAGGUGAAAGAACGGCACAAGGAGGCAACAGAUGACCUGUUUGUGGAGAUCCUGGCCAGUGUGUUUAACUUCCUCAAAGAGGUUCCCUUCACGUUCUAUCUAGAGACCAUGUACUUUAAACGCUUCUUGCAGUGGAAGUGGUUGGAGAUGCAGCCGGUAGCCGAGGACUGGUUCUUGGACUUCCGUGUUCUGGGUAAGGGUGGGUUCGGAGAGGUGUCCGCCUGUCAGAUGAAGGCCACAGGGAAGCUGUACGCCUGCAAGAAGCUCAACAAGAAGAGGCUGAGGAAGAGGAAAGGCUAUGAGGGUGCCAUGGUGGAGAAACGGAUCCUGGCUCGAGUUCACAGUAGAUUCAUUGUGUCUCUGGCUUACGCCUUCCAGACCAAAACAGAACUGUGUCUGGUGAUGACCAUCAUGAACGGAGGAGAUCUCAGGUACCACAUCUAUAAUGUGGAUGAGAAUAACCCAGGGUUCUCUGAAACCAGAGCGUGUUACUAUGCUGCUCAGAUCAUUCAAGGCCUAGAGCAUCUACACCAGAAGAGAAUCAUCUACAGAGACCUGAAACCAGAAAAUGUUCUGCUAGAUAAUGAAGGUAACGUCCGUAUCUCUGAUCUUGGCUUGGCUGUGGAGCUUGCAGAUGACCAGCUUAAAACCAAAGGCUACGCUGGAACUCCAGGGUUCAUGGCCCCAGAGCUGCUGAAGGGUGAAGAAUAUGAUUACUCUGUAGAUUACUUCACUCUCGGGGUCACGUUGUACGAGUUCAUUGCAGCCAAAGGACCCUUCAGGACUCGAGGAGAGAAGGUGGAGAAUAAAGAGGUUAAAAAGCGAAUCCUGAACGACCCAGUGACGUACCCAGAAAAUUUCAGUGAGAAUGCCAAGUCCAUCUGUGAGGGUCUUCUGGCAAAAGAAGUGGACAAGAGACUGGGCUUCAAGAACGGCACGUGUGAUGAGCUACGCGCACAUCCGUUCUUCAGCGAAAUCAACUGGAGGAAACUGGACGCAGGGAUUCUGCCGCCUCCUUUCGUACCGGAUUCCAAGACCGUCUAUGCCAAGAAUCUGGAUGACGUGGGCGCUUUCUCCACUGUGAAGGGGGUCUGCCUGGAGGACGAUGACAAGAAGUUCUUUGAUGAGUUUGCGUCAGGAAACGUCUCUAUACCCUGGCAGGAGGAGAUGCUCGAGACGGGCAUCUACGGUGAGCUGAACGUGUGGGGUCCAAACGGCACUGUGCCCAACGACCUGCGUCGAGAGUCCAUCCUGGAGCAGCCACCCAAAUCCUCCACCUGUAGCGUUUCAUAAUCACGCCAACACUGAACUGUCAAAAAAAAAAAACAUAGAUUUGCUUGCGCUUUUUCGAUAGAGCUCAUGGUGAAGGUUGAGUAUUUGUGUUAGUGAUUAUUGAUCUUAUUGACAUUCUUGAACUGUAAACUGAGUUCUGUUCAAGCAUGAUUAGGAUUUAGGCUUUUAAACGGAACUGAAUGACAAAGAAUAUCUGAUGAGGAAAUAAUAAAGAGCAAAAUGCUUUGAAGUCAUUCUUUUGAUAUCCAUAAAGCUCAGUAAUAACAUCUGUAAGUAAAAUGAAACCUUGUGUUCUGUUUUUUUUUUUUUUUUUUUCAAAUAAUGUUAUCACAUUGUAUUAAACUUUUUGAGUUUAUGCACACAGCGUAUGACAACUUCUAAAAAAGUAUUUUUUUAGAAUUUUCCCCUGACCUUGUUACACUUGUCAAAAAUGGCCAUCCUACAAAAUUGCUUGUAAAUCUGUAAUUGUCUUUUUGUUUUAUUUUACAAAAGUAUUGUCGGCUUGUUUUUCAGUCAGCACAAGUUUUGAAUUUCUUUUGAAGUUCUGGUUGAUCGUAGGCCUCACUGAUCUGAGCUCAUUCAUCUUAGUUUUUUAGGUUAUAUUGACAAAAUUAUCCAUCAGUAAUGCUUUUAUUUCACUCAAAAACUGAAUACUGUCCACAAAUAAUGUUUAUUUUUUUCAGUCAUAAACUGCAGGUGCAUAAGCUCACAUCAAUGAGGCCUACGAUCAAUCAGUUCCAGACACACAAAACCUAUCCUGAUUAAAAGAAAGCACGUUGACUAAAAGGAUUUAAUCCAAUAAUUGGUGAUACUAUUAUCAAGGAGUAAUAAUCACAUCUGUCCCUGAGCUGAAUGUCAAAAUGGACAAAUAACUGUAUAUUUGUGUUUAUAACCAAUUACUUGUGUAAACUCCAGUUUAAAAACAAGACUUUGGCUUCAACAUCUGCAUACUGUCUGAAUUAAUUAUUAAUAACUCAUUUUUCUUUAAUUUAUUUUGCACCCUUUUCAUCCUGAAUUCAAUGUUUUUGUCUUUGACUGGUCUUAGUGAUUUAUUUGUAAUUGCUUUAAUUAAUGCCUUUAUUGAUUGUGAUAACCCACCGGUGUUUUAUGAGCCCGUCUGAGGUAGUUCUCAAUGCGAGUGAAUGUUGUCUGUGGUCAACGAUCAGGUAAGGGGUUAGAGAAUAGUCAGGUGCUGUUGACUAGUCCUGCCAUUGUUGCCAUAAACACAAAGACGCUUGUGCAUUAAUCGCUAUUUAAGUGCCCUAGCAAAGAUGCAGGUAGCUCUACUUUUUCGAAACAAUUUCUAUUCAUGUAAAAACCUGUAAAUGUCUUUAGGUUGCAUUGAUUUUUGAAGUCCAAAUCAUCCUUUUUAUUAAUGUGAUAGUUGUCAUCAUUAUGAUUUAAAAUAAAUGUUUUGCCAUAAAUACACCACAA